CGGGGAUGUCAGUCAGUGUGCAAAGAAAUAGAGAAGUAGGUGGAUGUGCGUCGUCUCAGCUCCUGGCCGGCUCUGUGGCACUUCGCUAUGGUGUACGAAGGUAGCCACUGUCUGGAACAGAUGAUGUUACACUGAAAACACACGCUUACAACCAACUGUCGCUUUACAUACAUACACACUAUCUAUACGUAUGGGAGAGUACAUACUAGCUCUUCAUGGCUUUCCCCACCACCUGACGCCUAGAAGGAGGCUAAAUACGAGUGGAAAUGUGGCCUAUGGAAGCAUGGUGGCGUCAAACAUGGCGGAUGUGGCGGCGGUGGUGGAUCUACUUUAGAUACGUCACAGCCUCCACCACCUCCACCACGACCUCAAGACUUGUGCUGGUGGUGGUGAUGGUGGUGGUGGUGGGGUGGAAUGUCCUCUUCCUCCUCUCCCCGCCCCUCACCCAGCCCCUCCACCAAUACCUUGAUAGUGGUGGUGGUGUUGUGACUACUGCUACUACUACUUCUGUUGCUACCGCUGCUGCUGCUACUACUACUACUACUGCUACUACUAUUACUACUACUACUACUACUGUAAGGCCUCUCAAAAUGGACUGGAGGAGACGGUGGAGGUAUCCUUGGGCUAAAAAAGAGCGAAAGAAGGAGAAAAAGAAGACAAGGAAUCGUAAGAUAAAGGAGAAAGAGGAGGAGAACGAAGAUAACAACAAAAAUAACAAUAACAACAAAAGCAGUCAAGGAUGCGAAGGAUACAGAGUAGGAUUUGUAGCCGAAGGAUUUCUGCCCCCUAUUGCUCUGGCGUCCUACCCAGGCUCCGGUAACACGUGGCUGAGGGAACUAAUUGAAGGGGCCACAGGUGUGUUCACGGGGUCCACCUAUGAUGACCAGCACCUUUAUGUCACAGGCAUGUUCGGCGAGCUGGAGUCGUGGUCAGCAGGCACUACACUCACUCAGAAGACCCACUCCGCCUCCCCCUCCGUUGUUGCCUCCUUCAGUAGCCGUGCCGUGGUGCUAGUGAGGAACCCCUACCGUGCCCUCCUGGCUUACCAUAACUACCUGUACGGGGGACACCUGGGUUACGCACCUGUCAGUAAUUAUAGGAGUAAAGACUGGGGCGCCUUCGUGCAUAUGCAGGCGAGGGCGUGGAUGGAUAUUGCUGUGAACUGGACGAGGGCGCUGCACCUUCAUAUAAAGGCAGGUUCACACGUGUCACGUGCAGAAGCGGUGGGCGUAGUGGUUGUGUCUCAGGCUGGCCAGACGGUGUCAGAAAUCAUAAACAAACUGCCAAUAAGUGCAACAUCUCUAAAUGACUGUUGA